AUAUUUUGAUACUGUACUAUACUGUACAAGUGAUGUGUGUUGCGCUCACACAGUGUACCAUUUAAAUGGCUUACAGCAAGUGCUAAUACAAAGAUUACAUUCUGCCAUUCAGUCACUGAGGGACACAUUCAGUCCUUCAUACUGGCCUCGAUUUGUUUUUAUUUUAUUAUUUUAUUAGUCCUUUAUUUAUCCAGGUAAAAAUCUCAUUGAGAUUAAAAAUCUCAUUUCCAAGAGAGACCUGGCAUCAUGGCAACAAAAGUCAAGAGAUUUGUGUUUUAAUUACUGCUGUGGUAACUAUCCAGGUCAUUUCAAUGAAGAAGUGCUGUUAGCUUUUAUUAAAAGCACUGUUCGAACCGCUGUAGUGAACACCAUCAAGCUGAAGUAAUAAGUGAAUAGGAACAACAUCACUUUACAAGUUGAGAAAGUUCUAUAAAAAACAGGAGUCUGUGAAAAACUCAAGUACACAAGCAGAAGUUUUGGCAGUUUGCUGGUCUGAAACAUCUACACAAUGCCUCAACCUUCCCAUGAGAGGCGUUCUAACAAAAUCACCCCAAGGCCAGACCAUGUGAUGCACGGAGAAACAUGUUGAACUCUAGUGCACUUGUACAACGAGAGAAAGAAAAAGUACAUUUUGUAUGGAAGGAGAAAACGUCUCCCUGAAAAGACCGUGGCAACACAGGUUUGAGUUGCAAAGUUACAUCUGAACAAACCUAGAACUGGAGAUGUUUUUCUCCUAAUAGAGAGCUCAACUUUUGGUGAAUGAUGAUUUUGUGUGUGUGGGCAAGCAUGGACGUGCUAAUGAUCACUGAUCUGUAGUAAUUAUGAGCCAAGCCAACUGUCUUUACCCAUGUGUGCCCUCAGCAAACUAACGUCAUGGGAAAUCUGUGCUCUGUACAGGAGAGAGUCAGUCUCUCUCUCUCUCAUGGUCUAUAUACAUAUAUAUGUGUGUAUAUACAUAUAUAGCAUACAUACACCUGUGCUGUAUUUAAGACAAAUGAUUAAAGAUGGCUGUAUUUCCUAGCCGUAUUAUGCGAGCUUCCAGUAAAUCCUUAACAGCCAUAAACUGCUAUCAGCUGUGGGAAAAUGCACUUUACAACCUCCUUAUGUUUCACGAGAGCAAAUCCACUGUCUGCAUAUCUGCACGUUAUCUUUAUUUGUCAUUGUAAAAUUCCUCAGUAGCUUCUUAUAUUUUUAUGGAGCGGCCUGUUCGAGCAUGCCUACCAUUGUGGUGAAGAACCUAAUACAGUAGUUUAGCAUGAGUAAGCCGGGAGGCUUGUUCCUCUCCUGUAAAGACAACCAACAGCACCAAAAUAUCUUUGCAAUGCCAGGACAGCGGUGAGCUUUUGCGAGUGGGUUAAGAAUAGAUCGACAAUGGGGCUCACGCCUGUCUUCUGUUGUCUGAGGACAGACGGUUGUCUGCAGGGGACGGAGGAAGAGGGACUGGGUGAGAGAAUUGGAGUGUCAUGCUGCCCACCUGGGAGCCAACGUGAUCCUUUGUGGAAAGGCUAGAGGAGAGACAAGAAGUGGAUAGGAAGUGGAGUGCUGGCUUAAUGAUUUUAGCCUUUGGUCCGAAACUGGAGGACCUGACAAUUUUGGAGGCCCUUGAGCAUAACAGACAUGGCGGGAUCAAGUGCCUCAGAGGUGCUUUUUAUCUCUGUCAAUCACAGCAUCACUUUAAUGGGAAAGGUGUGGCUCGUCGUGAUGAUCUUCCUCCGUGUCCUGAUCCUCCUCUUCGCCGGUUAUCCUCUCUACCAGGAUGAGCAGGAGAGAUUUGUGUGCAACACCAUCCAGCCUGGCUGCGCCAACGUGUGCUACGAUCUGUUUUCUCCUGUUUCACUCUUCCGCUUCUGGCUGGUGCAGCUUGUCACCGUGUGCAUCCCUUACAUCCUCUUUGUCAUCUACGUGGUCCAUAAGGUGUCCAACGCCCUCACGGUGGAGCUGAACUCCCAGAAACAAACCAAAGCCUUUCAGCUGUUCAGAAUCCGACAGGAGCCGUCCAACAAGUUGCCUCUCGCAGUAGAGCAGCGAGGGUGGGCCCGGUCCUUCAGUGGAGCCUACAUCCUCCAUCUGAUGUUCAGGACUCUGCUGGAAGCAGGCUUUGGAGCAGCUCACUACUAUCUGUUUGGUUUCUACAUCCCCAGGAGGUUUCUUUGCCAGCAUGCUCCGUGCACUACCCAGGUGGACUGCUACAUCUCCAGGCCCACUGAGAAGACUGUGAUGCUCAACUUUAUGCUGGGCGUGGCCGCUCUGUCCUUUUUCCUGAAUGUGCUGGAUUUUAUCUGCACUGUCAAGCGCUUGGUGAGACAGAAGAGCAAGAGGAAGGUGUUGGUUGAGAAAAUACUAGAAGAGGAGCAAUGCUUCCUUUCAGCGGGAGGAGCGUCCAGGGGCAACGACCAAGAGCAGGAAGCACAAGACGGGCAAAAGGGGGGUUUCCGGAAGAGGAGAGGCAGCAAGGGGUCUUGUGGAGUAGGGAAACGCGAUUUAGCUCAAGAACCUCCCUCCAUGGAGCGCUACUCUCUUCCUCGUUCUCUCGGCCCGAUGGGCUGCACCACCAACGGUAACAAUGCCGACUCGGUCUCCCAGGAGGAGGCUCCAGAAAGGGCCGGCAGUGAGGUGGCUCUCUGUCCCUUGGAGCCCAUGGGGACGCCCAGAUCUAUUCGUGUUAGCAAACGGGGCCGACUCAAACCUCCACCCCCACCCAGACGUGACCUUGGUUUUCCCUCUGUGGGGCCAUGUGCCCCAGUGGGAGAUAUUUCCACAGCAACAGCAAUCUGUACCAGAAAGGUGGGCCAGUAUACACUUGUUGAGGUUGGCUGCAGCGCAGAGCUGCAGACGGGCGACGAUGGCCAGGAGAAAAGAUCCGAGUGGGUCUGACUUUAAUACUGUUGGAACCAUAUGAAGCAACAACUGCUUGGGUUGAUAUUUUACCACGUGACUGCCCUGUCACCCUGAGAAGAAUCUAUAAUGGCAUUACAUUCACCGGACACCUUAGACUCUUAUUUGCCAUGAUUUUUUUAAUCAUACCAUCAAGCCGCAUCUCCUUUGCAGCACUGGUCCGGUGAUGCAAACUGACAAGAAUUCAGCAAAUCUCUGAAUUUAGCAAGUCAGGAAUGACAGUGAACUCAAGCCUUAACUGUCUUUGAGCAAAUCCAAUCCCUGAAACAAUCUAAAAGAGGGCAGCCCACCUGUUGUUUGUUUUUUUCUUUCUCCCCAUGAUGCUUUUACCCCUUUUAUAAACAAAGGCAGGCCCCACCCCACCUGACUGACUUUAUUUACUGUGUCAGGGUCCCCGGGGUCAAAGCAGACACAAGCAGCCUCUGGGCGACCUUUUGGAACAAGAGAGUCGGGCCUAAAUGAAAGGCAGUAAUCUCACUAAGUCGCUGUUACCACACGUAGACGACAGAAAAGGAUUCCUCCACAGCAGUGAAGGACACCGUGAAGGCCGAUAUAAGAUCACAAAGCAAUUAUGUUCUCCCAUAGGGGCUCUGUAUUUAUGGAGACAGCUUGUCACUCUAUUUCAGGGCCUCGCAGAGCUUAGAAGGAAUAUAAACCUUAACAUGGGCUGACACUAGAAAUAGAGCACAGCGGAGCCCUGCAAAGGAGGACUGUGUGCUGCCCUGCAGGUUAUCUGCGCUCAGCUUUGGUUUCCCUUUGAUCAAAGCUCAGGUUAACGUGUGCCAGAAACUAGCAAACUGCUCCGACGCAUAUCAAUCACAGAAAUUAUGAUAACAUGAAAUGUGACCCUUUUUUUUCAACUCCCCAGGUGAAUUCACGUGGAGGUCAAGAGUCUCCUACAGUAAAUCAGCUGCGUUGCUCUUGAUUAUGUGUCGCUGUCGCUGAGGGGCCAGCCUUUGUGGAAAUGGAUAUCUCUUGAUCUUUGUCCUCUUGUGGUUUUUUUGAUGAUGACAACAAGAGCUCCGAGCCUCAUAUCUCACCUAGCUACAGAGUACCGCACCCUGACUGCGACCACGGGGAGGGGAGGGUUCAUCAGACCAACAUCAAAGGGAUUCUUACUCUUAAUGUAAAAUGAUGCAUUCUGAAUCCUACAGUUCAAAUAUUUCACAUUAUAAUGUUGUGUUUACAUAGUGUGUCUGGAAAGUAUUCACAGCGCUUCACUUUUUCCGUAUUUGUUCCAACAUCUGAGCGAUUGGGAUAAAAGGGCCUUAGUCAGGGAGGUGUCCAAAAACCAGAUGGUCACUCGAGCAUUGCUCUGGACAAGCAUUUCUGCGGCACUCCACCAGUCAGGCACAUGUAUAGCACAUGACAGCCUGCCUGCAGUUUGCCAAAAGGCACCUGAAGGAUGGUGCGAUGAAACAAAGACUGAACCAAGAGCUGGACAUCAAUCGAUCAAUGCCACCCGACAGAUGCGGCAGCAUCAUGCUGUGAGGAUGUUUUUUGACAGCAGGAACUGGGAGACUAAUCAGGUAAAGAUGAAUGCUGCCUUGACGAUAACCUGCUCCUGAGCGCUCUGGACCUCAGACUGGGGCGAAGGUUAAUCUUCAAACAGGACAGCAACUGCAAGCACACAGCCAAGACAACACAGGAGUGGCUUCGGGACCACUCUGCCCAGCCAGAGCCCAAACUCUCAUCUCUGGAGAGUUAUGAGAACAGCUGUGCACCGCUCCAACCUAAGGGAGCUGUGAUUGCUUCCAAAGAUGCUUCAACAAAGUAUCGAGCAAAGGCUGCCAAUCCUUCUAUACAUGUCAUGUUUUUGUCUUUUAGUUUUAAUAAAUAUUCAAGAAUUUCAAGCAAACGUUUCUUUUACUUUGUCAUUAUGGGGAAUUGUGUGUAGACUUUUUAGGUGACAUAUCAAAGAAGUGAAGCUCUGUGAACACUUUCCGGAUGCACGGUAACAUAAAAUUUGAUUGCAAUCACUGCCUUUUUUUUUUUUUUACCUUUAUAAUAUCAAAUGAAUUAAUAUCCAGUCAGUGUGGAUUUGUUUUUCAAGUGAGAAUUCAUGUUUGUGCUUUAAGCUUUUCUUAGAUUUUUAUGCACUCGUUCAUUAGCAGUUCUGAUUUUCUAUUAAAAUGGUGAUGACGCUGAAAGCAAACUUUUCUCAGCACUGUAUUGUUCCUCCUUCCCGCUGUGCUGUAUUCUCUGCACCAGCACUGUACUCUGGAGUCUUGCUGCCCUCCAGUGACGCCGAAUGUGAAGUGCUGCCUUCAACUGAAUCGGCUGCUCUCUGGAAACGUGAAACGUGCAUGUUUUUCCCCCGAAUUCCCAGAGCUGUAGGCAUGCUGUUCAUUUUCAGUUAUAAAACCACGUUAUUGUACUGAAAGAAAAGGAAAAAACUAAUUACUUCUGUUUUCACUGAUUAUCCCAAAAUAGCUUGUUUUACAGAUAUAUUUAUUUUGAAAGACAAAAAACUAAUAGCUACUAAAACUACUCCCUACCUGAAAAUACCGUACACCACACUGUACCAUUAGACUUGCUGUGAAAUGUGUGUAUUAUCAUAAUGUCCCCUUUUGUGCCUUUUUGUGCUACUGUGAGCAUUUAGUAACAUCCGCUGCAAUGAAACAUUGAAAUGUGAAAGUGGCUUUUUCUUCUUUUCGUUUGCUACUGCUGUUGUCUCGAAAAAUAAAAAGCUAAUCAAAGGAAUCACCCAAAAAGAUUUCUUGAUUUCAAACAUUUCACCAGCGUGUAAAUAAUAAGCCUUCAGCCAUGUAAAGUGGCAGAUACUGGUGCUGGCUGGAAAGACUGUCUGAUGACCUCUUAAGGAAUUUUAGGUUGGGGGAAGCAGUCCCUGCAGAGGAUUCUGGGAGAAAUAAAGUGCACAAUGGAAACACUGGGAAAGGGCACUGGCAUGCUAUCUGUGGGUGCAUGUACUGCAGCUCCU